AUGGAUUGUAUUCGUUUCUGGACUGUCAUUUUCGCAUGUGGAUUCAUCUUAUUUGUAAUGGAUCCUCAUUUAAUUGUAGUUGUCCUUGUUCCUUAUCCUGAAAUACCAGAUUGAGUUUUACAGAUAUCCCGUAAAGAAUUAGACGAAUUCAGAAACCACAGCGAUUGUAUCUGCUUGCGUGUACUUGGCUCUGACUAUUGGUUUCAUAAUUUGGGGGAAGAGAAGGGCUGAGAAACACAAGUUAGAUGUCUAAUAGCAAUACAACAAUUUGCCAGCUAAUUAAUUCGAAGCAGCUCCUGAGAUCGAGAAUGAGAAGAAGAUGGAGUGAUGCACAAGGAAACUAUAUAUAAUCA